GGGGACCGAGAGAGAAGGGGUAGUUUUACUUACAGAAGAAAAGAUGAGGACCUUGGGGCUUGAGUUUGCUGUUGGGAGUGGGAGGCUUUUGGGAAGGAAUAUUGAGAUUCCUAACGAAGGCAGAGGCUGGAAUUCCCCUAGAGGGGAGGGUAUUGGCUAAUACUCUCAACUUCGAGGUUCCCCUAAUGCCUUUCUAGAUUAAAACAGACUUGUAAAAGGAGUUCUGCUGAGUUUGGGGAGCGUUAUAUGGGGUGAUUUAAAUGUUCGUGUAACUAAUUCACUUAAAUAAAAGGUGAAGAAAUUCCUGCAAGAGUUUUACCAGGAUGAUGAGUUUGGCAAGAAGCAGUUCAAGUAUGGGAACCAAUUGGUUCAGCUGGCUCACCGGGAACAAGUGGCAAUGUACAUAGACCUAGAUGAUGUGGCUGAGGAGGACCCUGAAUUGGUGGAUUCAAUUUGUGAGAACACCAAGCGCUAUGCAAGGCUCUUUGCUGAUUCUGUUCAAGAGCUGCUGCCUCAGUACAAGGAGAGGGAGGUGGUAAAUAAAGAUGUGCUGGAUGUUUACAUUGAGCACCGACUGAUGAUGGAGCAGCGGAGCCGAGACCCUGGGGCAGCCCGAAGCCCCCAGAACCAGUACCCUCCUGAACUCAUGCGUAGAUUUGAGCUGUACUUUCAAGGCCCAAGCAGUAAUAAGCCUCGUGUGAUCCGGGAAGUACGGGCCGACUCUGUGGGGAAAUUGGUAACUGUGCGUGGAAUUGUCACUCGUGUUUCUGAAGUCAAACCCAGAAUGGUGGUGGCCACUUAUACUUGUGACCAGUGUGGGGCAGAGACCUACCAGCCGAUCAAUUCUCCUACUUUCAUGCCUCUGAUCAUGUGCCCGAGCCAAGAGUGCCAGACCAACCGCUCAGGAGGUCGGCUGUAUCUGCAGACACGCGGCUCCAAGUUCAUCAAAUUCCAGGAGAUGAAGAUGCAAGAACAUAGUGACCAAGUGCCUGUGGGAAAUAUUCCUCGUAGCAUCACGGUGUUGGUAGAAGGUGAGAACACACGGAUUGCCCAGCCUGGGGACCACAUCAGUGUCACUGGUAUCUUCUUGCCAAUCUUGCGUUCUGAGUUUCGACAGGUGGUACAGGGUUUACUUUCGGAAACUUACCUGGAAGCCCAUCGGAUUGUGAAGAUGUGUAAGAGUGAGGAUGACGAGUCUGGGUCUGGAGAGCUGAGCAGGGAGGAGCUGAGGCAAAUUGCAGAGGAGGAUUUCUACGAAAAACUGGCAGCCUCCAUUGCUCCAGAAAUAUAUGGGCAUGAAGAUGUAAAGAAGGCACUGUUGCUCCUGCUGGUGGGGGGUGUGGACCAGUCUCCUCGGGGCAUGAAAAUCAGGGGCAACAUCAACAUCUGCCUGAUGGGGGAUCCUGGUGUAGCUAAGUCUCAGCUCCUGUCUUACAUUGAUCGUCUGGCACCCCGCAGCCAGUACACGACAGGUCGAGGCUCUUCUGGAGUGGGGCUCACAGCAGCUGUGCUGAGAGACUCUGUGACUGGAGAACUGACUUUAGAGGGUGGGGCCCUUGUGUUGGCUGACCAAGGUGUGUGCUGCAUUGAUGAAUUUGACAAGAUGGCCGAGGCUGACCGCACAGCCAUCCAUGAGGUUAUGGAGCAACAGACCAUCUCCAUUGCCAAGGCAGGCAUUCUAACCACACUCAAUGCCCGCUGUUCCAUCCUGGCUGCUGCCAACCCAGCCUAUGGGCGCUAUAACCCUCGCCGCAGCCUGGAACAGAACAUACAGCUUCCGGCUGCACUACUCUCCCGAUUUGACCUCCUCUGGCUGAUCCAGGACCGCCCUGACCGAGACAAUGACUUACGGUUGGCCCAGCAUAUCACCUAUGUGCACCAGCAUAGUCGGCAGCCUCCUGCCCAGUUUGAACCUUUGGACAUGAAGCUUAUGAGACGAUACAUAGCUAUGUGCCGGGAGAAGCAGCCCACUGUGCCAGAGUCUCUGGCUGACUAUAUCACAGCGGCAUAUGUGGAGAUGAGGCGAGAGGCUUGGGCUAGUAAGGAUGCCACCUAUACCUCUGCCAGGACUCUGCUAGCUAUUCUGCGACUGUCUACUGCUCUGGCACGACUGCGAAUGGUGGACACAGUGGAAAAGGAAGAUGUGAAUGAAGCCAUAAGGCUAAUGGAGAUGUCAAAAGACUCACUUCUGAGUGACAAGGGACAAACAGCUAGAACCCAGAGACCAGCAGAUGUGAUAUUUGCCACUGUCCGUGAGUUGGUCUCAGAGAGCAGAAGUGUCCGGUUUUCUGAGGCAGAGCAGCGCUGCAUAUCUCGUGGUUUCACACCUGCCCAGUUCCAGGCAGCUCUAGAUGAGUAUGAGGAAUUAAAUGUAUGGCAGGUCAAUACUGCCCGGACUCGGAUAACUUUUGUCUGAUUCCAGCCCACUUGAGACACUGGGGUCCUACUCUGCAUACCAUGCUUAAGCUCCUCUCCCCCUUCCUUUAAAGGUGGAACAGUGCCCUUGAAAGGAAAGGGGGAAUCCCGUCUUUUUCCUAAGCUGCACUUGUUUUGUUCAUUAUUUUUGCUAAUAAAGUGUUUAUAGAUUGGUGCUUUCUGUUAAAAUGA